AUUUAUUGCAAAAAAAUCAACCAGUAAUAGUUCUUAAUCUUUGUAAGUUAACUACUUCGCCUUUAUAAGUUUAUUUUCUUCAAUUUCAAAAAUCCAAAAGGAAAGACGUCAUUAUGUUAUUAUACUUUUAUCAUUAUAAAAUGUAAUAAAUAGUAAGGAAUAUAUGAUAAAUAAAAGAUUAAUUAUAAAUACCUUAUAAUCCGCUAACCAAUAUGUCUACCAGUCCAUCCUGGAGAGAAUUAGCCAAACAGCAGGAGUUAAAUAAUAUUCCAAAAAUGGUCAGCCAUAACCUUGAUUCUAAUUUGCCUGGUAGAUUAAAUAAAUAUGAUACUAAUCUUUCUCAGACUGAUUUAAAUAAAAGUGGCCUUAAUCAUUCUCAUAUUUCAAAAGAAUUGGUAGAUGGAAAUUUUUACAAUUCCAAAUCAAUAAAUUCAACCUUCAAUCACUACAAUCAAAAAUCUGAAUUUGAUAUAAUGCUUAAUUCAAAAAUGCACCAUUCCUUUUCAAAUGACUUAAGGAAUAAUAGCACCAAGUAUACUCCAAAGGUUCUAUAUUAUAAUAAUACUACAAGUAUUGAUGGUACCUAUAUAAAUGCUUUAAACAAUACAAAUAAUAAUUCUUUCCAACAAAAUUUAACUAUACCAAAUAUAUCACCAAACCUAAAUAAAGCAAACUAUAAGAAUGCUGCAACAAAUUUUGUUUCCCAAAAUGAGGAAACUGAUAAAUCAUCAAAGGCUGAAACAUCUCUCUUAUCAAAAUAUUUAAAUGCUAAAUUGACAGGUAUCCAUUCUAUCAACACUGCAAUGACAAGUUUGGAUAUAUACAAUAAUGAGAAUUCUCUUCUCAAUGACCUUGGAUCCACUAGUCUAUCAUUUGCAGAUCUAAAACUCAAGCCUCCUAUACUUAGAGCAGUCUAUGAUUAUGGGUUCCACAAACCCUCCAAAAUACAAGAAAUGACCUUACCCAUCAUGUUGCCUACCUCAUUUACCCUUGAAAAUAACAGAAAAGAAGAUAUUAAAAGUUAUGAACAAGAUAUAAAUGUGAAUUCUGAGAAUCAAUUCAAGGGAAAAGAUGUUAUUGCACAGUCUCAGAGUGGAACAGGUAAAACAGCUGCAUUUGUCAUUGCAGCUUUAUCCAGGAUAGAUCUAAAUUUGCCUUUGCCUCAAGUCAUUUGUCUCUCUCCAACAUUUGAACUAGCCCUGCAAACAUAUCAAGUAUUUUUGUCACUUGGAAUGUACAUGGGAGGACUAAAGAUUGGUAAAGCUUUGAAAGGUAGUGGAAGGCAGAAUAAUAUUUAUAAGCAAAAUAGCUGCUUAGAUGGAUUUGAUAAUGGUUAUAAGGUUGGUGAUGGCAAUACUAAGACUAGUGUCAGUGAAAAUAUUUACCCCAUUUCAGAGUGCCACGUUAUAGUGGGCACACCUGGCACGGUUUACAAUAUGAUAAAAUCUCGGGCCUUGCCAACCAACAAUGUAAGGGUUUUCAUCCUUGACGAAGCUGACGUUAUGCUGGAUAUACAGGGUCUUUCCGAUACAUCGAUUCGUAUUAAUAAAUCACUUUCGGUCAAGGCUUGUCAGCGACUGCUCUUUUCGGCUACUUACGAUGACGAAGUUAUGACUUUUGCUAAAUCCAUACUACCCAACGCAAAGGUAUUCUCUCUUCCUCCUCCUGCGCUAGUCCUCUCCAAUGUUGCCCAAUUCUAUCUGCCUUGUCCCAAUGGCUUCUCCGACAAACUAAAUUUCCUUGUAUCUCUUUACGGCUCCCUGCCUAUAGGACAAUCCUUGGUAUUUUGCGACACGCGAGUUCAGGCUUCACGUUUGGCCCAUUUUUUAAACAAAGAAGCAGGUUUUCCAGCUUCUCUUCUCAGUGCCGAAUUGGACGUAGAUCAAAGAGCGGCCGUUAUCGAAGGGUUUAGGUCAGGGAGGGAAAGGCUUCUCGUAGCGACAAAUGUUCUAGCCCGUGGUAUAGAUGUCAAUCAAGUCAAUCUGGUUCUCAAUUUUGAUAUUCCGCGUCUGGGUGGAACUAAAGCCAGGUCUUCGUCUAGCUUUGAGCUCAAAGCCGAUGUAGAAACUUACCUACAUAGAAUAGGCAGGUGUGGUAGGAUGGGUAAAAAAGGCUUGGCUUUAAACUUGGUGGAACCAGAUCAAUUACCUUUGUUGAAACAGAUAGAGAAACGACUCAACAUAAUUAUACCAGAGCUGGACCCGGAUAAACUAUUAGGAGCCGAAGCUGAUGAGUUCGAAUCUAUCUUGGAAACUUCGCAUCAGAAGGAUAAAUAAAUAAAAUGGUGAUUAUUGACAGAUUAUUAUAUUAUACUUAUACACAAUAAAAAUUAGCAUCAUUAUAUCCUGUAUUUACAAAUGAUAUACGACGAUGUGUAUGGUGAUAUAAUUAUUUUUUUAAAUAAUGAUAUACUUAAAAGUGAGGACUCAUAGAAUAUUCUUCUGCCCAAUAUCGCAAUUUCUAAUUUUUAAUUUAUAUAUUUUUUUAAACAAAAUUCAUCAUUUGUUUUGUUUUAUCACAAAUACAAUUUUUAAAAAAUAUUAAAUUACAUUAUACUAUUUUAUAAAAGAAUAUUUUUUUUGAAUUAAGUUUAUUCAAUCUAUAUAUUUAAUUAAUUUUUUAUUAUAAAAAUUUAUAUUUUUAAUCAUUGACACGUUUUAUUUAGAAUAAAUUAUUCUUUAAUGAAUUUUUAUGGGUUUUGAGAUACUUUUAAAAUGCGAUGCUUUAUAAUUUAUUCCAAUCAUAUUUAUUUUCCAAUUGAUU